GAGGCGGUGCACCCGGCGGCUUCUUCUCCCUCCGCCACCCGUCCCAGCAGUUGUAAACAUGCUUCAUCAUUCAAAUAGCCGCCACCAGAGGAACAGAGGAUCAAAAAUCAAAACGCUACUCAAGGUCACUCUACUUUUAGGUGUUGCUGUUUGGCUUGUGUACCAGGUGAAGCAUUCUUAUGAUAAGAAAAAUGAGUACCUCAAUGCUACUGAGAACCAGCUUUCCCAUGAUGGUAGAAGCAUGUUCCAGGGUAGGAAAGAAAGGGUGGGUGGUUAUGGUGCUGGUGAUGUGGAUAAGGCCAUAGAGGAUAUCGAUGUGAUAAGCAAUAAAGAUGAAGAGAAGAGUGGAGAAACUGUGUUUGAGAAAGACAAUACCGACUCCCAUGAUGAUGAUGCGGGAAACGCAGAGAGAUCGGAAGCUGAAGAAGAACAAGCCAGCCGUGCAGAUGGUAAUGCAGAAGCACAUGGUACUGACUCCAACUCAACAGCAUUCAAGCUUGAUGCUGAAUCCAACUCAUCUGAUGGUGAGACUAAAAGUGAAGUCCAUUCAGUUGAAGAUGAUGUGCCUCAAAACAAGGAUGGCCAAGAGGGAACCUCUGGUGAAGAGGUAAAUGGAACAACUCAUGAAGAAAAGGAGCAAAGUGAUUCAGAUCAGAUCAAUGCAAGCAGCAAUGGAUCAGAUGGAGAGCAAGCUGAGAAAAAGGAGGAGGUGGAGUCUCAAGCUGAUUCUGGAUCCCUUUCUGAUGAUACCAAGGCUGGAACCAGUGACGAGCAUUCCGCUGAGACGCUUCCAGAUGAAACAGGCAACAUACCAGCGGUACACACUGAGAAUCCUCAAAAUGGUGCAAGUGAAAACCCAGGAGAUAGCAGCAGCGAGGCUGUUCAUGUAGAGAUUGGAUCUGAACAUGAAGGGGCGAAAGCAUCAUCUGGGACUGCAUCUGGUGAUGCUGAGAAGGGUAAUUCUGUGGAGUCUAAUCCAUCUGAUGGCAUCUUCGUAGAAGAAAAGGCUGAGACUGCAUCUGGUGGUGACGAGAAGGGUGCAGAAACUGGUACAGCUAAUGAGGCGUCAGGCAUCAAAGAAGCAAACCCUGAGGAAGGCAAUGCUGCUACAGAAGUUCGCACUGACCAGGCAGCAAGUACGCAGACAGAGAACCCCCAAGAGGCAUCUGCUGCUGAAGGCACAAAUGGUUCACUAGAAGAGGCAAAGCCUGUGGAGAACCAGGUUGAUGGAGCUACAAAAGCGUCGAGCAACGGUGAUCAGGAGGAUAUCAAAAUUGAAACCAACACAUCAACCAACGAUGAACACAGUGAGCAUCAGAGUGUUGACGCCAGUUCUGGGUCGACCGGCUCAAGUGACAGUGGCCCUGAACAAAGUGGAAAGACUGAGACCCAGUGAGUGAUAGCACGAAAAGCAUAUGGACAUUGUUCAGUAUACGGGAUUGUUCAUGGACACGAAGAGGAGCUACUACUGCACAUAGGAGGAUUGAUAGUUCAGGUUGGGGUUACAUCUUUAGUUGAUAUUUGCUGAUGCAGAACCGUGCCAAUUGUACAGACUACGAGAUCCAUGCUCUGAAAGACAAUUUGCAUGUUGUGUGUUUCUUGCCAAGUUGUUACUUCAACCAUGUGACGCGAUCCAUGCUCUGAAAGACAAUUUGCAUGUUGUGUGUUUCUUGUCAAGUUGUUACUUCAACCAUGUGAUUUUAAUCUCUGCAA